GCAGCAACAACAACUACAACAGUCCUGUCAACAACGUUAACCCCGCUAUCAACAUCGGCUUGUCAUACAAAUACUGAUUGUAGUGGACACAUCUGUCCUUCUCAUAAACACCCUUACUGCAAGAUUGAUGGACAUUCUUCAACAUGUCAUUGCACAGUUUGCAUGGAACACAACCAUUGUUUUUGCCCCCUAGGACUGAUUGGCCAAUGUCACUUUGAUUAUCUACAUAAUUUGCAUAACUGUUUUUGUGGAAUAGCACCAGUAGUUACAACGACCACAUCCGUCCUUUCAACGACCGUGACUCCGCUAUCAGCAUCAGCUUGUCAUGCUCAUACUGACUGUAGUGGACACAUCUGUCCCUCUGAUAAACAUCCUUACUGCAAAUUCGACAGAUAUUCUUCAACAUGUCACUGCACAGUUUGUACAGAACACAAGCAUUGUUUUUGCCCUCAAGGACUGAUUGGUCAAUGUCACUUUGAUUAUAUACAUAAUGUUUACAGCUGUGUUUGUGGACUACCACCAGAUACAACCACGACAGUUUCAACAUCAUCAACAUCCAAAUCUGUACCGACAACAACAUUACAAUCCAUUUCUGUAUCUUCAAAGUCAACAACUAAUUCUACACCAAUACCGACAACACAACCAACCACAUCUUCAAUAACGUCAACAUCAAAACCCACUUCUAGAAUGGUAUCUAAUGCAUCUUCUUCAUCUGUUUCUUCAUCAGCUUCAGCAACCUCACCAACAUCAAUUUCCGUUCCUUCCACAAAUCCAGGUAUUCAGUGUCCUACAUGUGAUGAAUCAUUAAAUUGCGUGUGGAAUCAGACAUGUUAUCCGGAAGACAGUUGUAUGAUACGAAGUUAUCGAGGAACAAAGUUUACAACACAUUGUUCAAAG